CGGCGAAGGAGAAAAGCAAAAAGCAGAGAACAGCGACUGUUCCUCACCAACGACGUCCGGAGAGAUGAUGAGACGGAUCGGCAACACUUGUUUGACGCGAGGGGUAUCGUGCUCGAAAAUAAUCGAACGAAGGCGCUUGCUGGCAUCUUCUUCGCCAUCGAAAUCGCGAUUGCAACCGGAAAAAAUCACAUUGGAUCGACACCACGGUGGCGGCGAGCACAGAGACGAAGUUAGACCACAAAACCACUCUCCUGAUCAACGAAAUUCAAAAAGGGAGAGAAGCACCGCAAUCCCUCGCGAUGGAUUGUCGCUGAGCGAUUUCGUGCACCGCGCCAGGCACGGUGACAGCAGUGAUCUUCUCGAAGCAGCUACCACCGCGUCAGCACAGCGCACGGGAGGGCAACCAGUUGGAACCUUUCACAUCAAAACCUAUGGCUGCCAAAUGAACGUCAGUGAUUCCGACAUUGUCCGUGCGGUGCUCCUGGAAAACGGAUACGUAGAGGCCACAUUGGACAACGCGAAGAUCAAUAGCAAGAAUACCAUCAAUGGAAAUACGAGGAAACAAAAAAAGAAUCGACCCUGGACACCGGAAUCGACUGCCGAUAUCAUUCUGACCAACACGUGUGCCAUUCGAGAAAAGGCCGAAGAGAAGGUUUGGCAGCGGUUGCGCCACCUGAGAAAGAACAAGGGGUCUCACCAGGUCGUGGGGGUACUGGGCUGCAUGGCGGAGCGUUUGCAAAACCAGCUAUUGGAGGAGAACGUGGCCGAUCUUGUGGUGGGGCCAGAUGCGUAUCGCGACCUGCCACGGCUCCUGCAACAAAUCACUGGUGCCGAAACCUCUGCAACAAGCCAUGGAGAGCGUGGGAACCGAAACGAAACCACCCGGAGCGGAGACGAAAAUGGUGACGACUUACAGGAACUGGGACGGCAGCUCUUGUCCGACGUCCCGAUGCAGUCGGAAACGCAGCAGCAUCGUCAUCAUCAAGACGCAAUCCAAGGUAGAAUCGAACUUCGGAAACCAUUAAGGAGCAAAAAAGAACAAAAGCCGCGACGACCGACAGCAAUCAACGUCGAUCUGAGCACCUCGGAGACUUACGACGACAUCAUGCCGGUGCGAGGAGACGAGGCCUCGAAUCCCUUUUCGGCCUUUGUUAGCAUUCAACGCGGAUGUUCGAAUCGUUGUUCCUUUUGCAUUGUUCCUUUCACUCGUGGAGGGAAAGAACGAUCUAGACCCUUCCGAAGCAUCGUCGACGAGGUUUCGUACAUGGUCGAAACCGAAGAUCUAAAAGAAGUUGUCCUCCUGGGCCAGAACGUCAAUUCAUAUCAUGAUCGAUCGCCCCCAGCACUGCAGGAACGCCCCGAGCAGAAUAUGCUCUCCUUGUCGAACAAUGGCUUUCGCUCGAGAAUCCGGCGGCCCAACAUCGGUGGCUAUCGCUUCGUGGAUUUGGUAGAAGCGGUUGCCGAUAUAUCUCCGGAAUUGCGGAUUCGAUACACUAGUCCGCAUCCCAAGGAUUAUCCACUGGAGCUUUUGCAGUUGAUGGCCGAGCGACCUAAUAUUUGUUCGCAACUGCACAUGCCAGCCCAGAGCGGCAGCACAGAAAUGCUCAAGCGAAUGAAACGGGGGUACACACGGGAAGCUUAUAUUGAAUUGAUCGAUGCCGUCCGAACCGUCAUUCCCGAUGUGGCGAUUUCCUCGGACUUCAUCGCUGGAUUUUGCGACGAAACGGAGGAGGAGCACGCGGAUACGCUUUCGUUGCUACAAUACGUCGAAUACGAGCAGGCUUUUCUGUUUGCCUAUUCCAUGCGGGACAAGACCCAUGCGAGCCGAGCCAUGGAAGAUAAUGUUGCUGCCGAUAUCAAACAAAGACGUCUACAGGAACUCAUUGACGUUUUCCGAGAAAAGGUUCACGCUAAGAACGAACGAGUAGAGGUUGGUCGUUUGCGUUUGGUGCUGGUGGAGGGGCCUACCAAGAAACAAAGAGCUGAUUUGCCGGAAGGGACAGCAACCUGGCACGGCCGCACCGAUCAAAACAAACGGAUUUUAUUUGAUGUCGAAACGAAUGCAGAAAUAGCUCAAACGAAUGCCACCGUAUGGAAGGAACACCAUGCCCUCGAGAUGCUUCAUCAGCAUCAGCAACAGCAACAAUAUUUCAAUCUUCCACUCGAGCAACUUGCGACCACGAGGAGAACUGAUUUGACACCCGGCGACUACGCUGUAGUUUCCGUAACCGAGGCCAAAGGUCACACACUUCGUGGACGCAUGCUUUGGAAGACGACUUUGUCUGACUUUGCAAGGUUUGAGUCCAACCACCUUCCCAAAUUACAACAAGAGGACUUAAAUAAUCUCCAAGAGAACCUCUUUCGUGGAUGGAACACUAAUUUCGAAGAAGCGGCGUCGUUAAGAGCAAAAUAAAGCUCCUACGUCGAAAUCCGUUCCAAGUAUGGCUUGCGAAUGAUUCUGCGUUCGAGCAUGCUUUCCCGUAGGAUGAAUCGAAGAAGAAAAAGGCACGGGCGCAUGACUUGAACUCUUGGCAAUGUCGUUACAUAGUAAAUAAACUCAAAUCUUAAUA